AUGGAUUAAUCACUAAAUGAUGCUGAGGCCUUCCUCAAAUAAAAAAUCAAAAUAAACCCACUCAAGGACCAGAUGAUAUAAAACCAAAAGAAUUACGAGAUCUAACUCCAAGUAGCUCAUUAUUUCAAGAAAUCUGAUACUUAUACAAAAAAAUCAGCAAUCAAAUUAAUGAGCAAUGAGAAUGAUGAAUAACUAGUUUAUUUCAUAUUUGGAGAACACAUCCCAGAUUAGAGUAAAAAGUAAGAUUAUGAAUCCUUCAAAAUUGAUGUCAUAGAAACAAUGCAUCCAAGAAUAGAUAGAUUUUUUGUCAUUGUCUUUUUCAAUACGAAUAUGAUGACCGCAUCAACACUCAAUGAUUUCAAAGACUUCUAUGGGACACUUCCUGAAAAAUACUUUUUUCAUAUGAAGAAAUUUAUAGUUCUCCAUGCCAAUUUUAUAGUCAAAGGCGGAGGUAUUUUUGGAAUGAAUGAAAUCAAAUCGUUUUUUAAGAAAAUUACUACCUUUGCUGAUACGCUCUUAAUCCUAUCUAAAGAAGAAUGGUUUAGAUACAAAAUGUUAGCUGCAUUACCAGAAAGUGUUAAGGCAUACGAUUAAUCCUAUAAAGACAUUGAAAAUCAAAGAAAAAAAACUGUUCUCAGAAAACAGUAAACCUAAUAAGCAGUUGGAGAUGAUGAUAUUGAUUCAGAUGAUAAUUUUGAUAAAGAUUCUAAAAUUUUAGGAUUGAAUUUGCAUGAAUAUGAGAGAAACAAAUUUGGUAUUCCAGUCAUCCUCGAUAUGCUUGUUUAAUACUUUGAAAAAUAACCAGAGAAACUCUAAACAGAAGGAAUAUUCAGAAAAUAAGCUGCUGUUUAUGAAGAAAAAGUAGUUGAGGCAGCUUUAGCUUGUUAAAAAGUAGGGUUUCUGAAUAAAGUUGAAAAUGCUCAUACCAUAGCAUGUGUUUUUAAACAGUUUUUCUUAAAAUUGAAAGAACCUCUUAUGACUUAUCAAUUAUAUGACUGGGUUGUUCAGAAUAAACCAUAAAUUGAAUAAGAUUUGGAAGUUAGUGUGCAAAUGCUUUUUGAUUACAUGCCUGAGAUGAAUAGAGAAAUAUUACUGUUCUCCUUAGGAUUCCUAUAUUCUGUCAUCAGAGAACAAGAACAUAAUUUAAUGACUGCCUAUAAUAUGGCUGUUGUAUUUGGUCCCAACUUUUUUAGAUCAGAAGUAGUAAAAAUGGCUGAUUUAGGCCAUGUUACACUUUUUGUCUAAAUAGUCCAGAUUAUGUUAGAAUAGAAAAAAGAUUAUGAUUAUAAAAAGAUGUUAGAAAAAAGAAGCGAUAAUUUAAACUUUGAUGCAUCUUUGGUUCCCUUUUUGCCGGAUGAUUUAGCCAAUUUAGAUGAUAUAUUAGACAUGGUCUCUGACAAAAAUGUAGUAAACGAAACUGAGAGAAAAGAAUUAAAGGCUAGAUAUAAAUGA